ACACACUCAGCUGUCUGCUAGUCAGAGGGCGGCCCCAUCCCAUCUGAUCUCACUCAGCCCGCUCUCCUCUCUCCCCAACCCCGUCAGGACUCCUCUCGCUCGCGCCCUCAUCCGCAGCCCUCGCCAGCAGGCCCCGCCGCGGUGGACAGUGAUCGGUACGCCCGUGCCCGUGCCCCAGUAGAGCGGAUGGGUGCUGCGCAGCGAUCCGGUCGACACAAAGGAGCGCGGCGCUGGGGAUGAGGCUAUGGAGGAUGACUUGGAGGAUCGCGUCCUGUACCAGACGUACGUGUCGCACAUGAAGCUGAUGUCGCGCCUGAGCCUCGCCUUCCCCGGCGGCCUGGGCUGGGGCUGGGGUGGCCCUGGCGCUGGCGGCCCAGGGCUCGCGGCCGGUCACGCCUGGCGCCUGUUGCGGAUCUACGUGCUGCGACCCGAGGUCCUCAUCUGCGGCGUCGUCAUGAUCCUGGUGCUCGCGUACCUGCAGGCCUCGGACGCGUGGUCUCCUUGGGGUCGGGGCGGUUCGACGGCCGGCCCCGUGCGCUCCCUGUUCGGCCGCCUCCAGGGUCUGCAGUACCUCGUCAACGGCUCGGUCGGGGUAGGCGCCGCGUCCGGUGCCGAGAGGCUCAGCUGGGAGCUGCGCGAGGGCGAGAUCGCUGCCUAUGCGGUGCAGGGUCGGCGCCCUAAGAUGGAGGACCGCUUUGUGGUCAACGACAACAUAAACGACACUGGAGUGGCUCUUUUCGCGGUGUUCGACGGGCACGGCGGGGAGUUUGCUGCCAACUACGCCAAAGAGAAGCUUAUUCCAAGUUUAAAUCAGAAGGUUGCAGAGAUUAAAAAGUUUGUUGCAGAGGGAGGUGUCAAGAGACAUCCUGUCUAUGGAACGCCAACAACUCCAUCGAAGGGAGGUGCCAACCUAGGGAGUAGCACACCAGAGGCAGUGAAAAAGGGGGCUCCAGUUGAAAAAAAGAACAGCUUUCGUAAGACAAUGAGUACAUCCCAAACUGAUGAAUGUGUUAGGAAAAGCGGUGGAGUUACAGAUCCAGAGCUCUUGCUCAAACUGGAUAGUAUACCUCGUUCCAUAACUCGUGAAGUUAGACCAUCUCUGCUGGAUGAGGCAGCACCUACAAGCGGACCUGCUUCAACAUAUGUUGAUAACUCUGGUGCUGUAAACUAUAGCCGACUGCUCACUGAUGAAGUUCUUGCAGCUGACUUUCAACUUGUCGAGGCAGCAAAAAAAACUAUGGAUGUAGCAGGAACAACUGCUCUGAUUGCCUUGAUGGAGGGGUCCCGUUUGAUUGUAGCUAAUGUUGGUGAUUCUCGUGGGGUAAUGUGCGAUAGUCGAGGAAAAGCUAUACCUCUUUCCUUUGACCAUAAACCACAGCAGAUGCGAGAGAGAAAACGAAUCAAAGAAGCUGGAGGAUUCAUUACAUUUAAUGGUGUGUGGAGGGUAGCUGGAAUUUUGGCUACUUCCCGUGCUCUUGGUGACUAUCCACUGAAAGACAAAAAGCUGGUGAUUGCAAAUCCAGACAUUCUCACCUUUGACCUCAGUAAUCACAAGCCACAGUUUAUCAUCUUAGCAUCAGAUGGACUUUGGGAUACAUUUUCCAACGAAGAAGCUGUAGCAUUUGUUCGUGAGAGACUCACUGAACCUCACAUGGGUGCCAAGAGUCUCACUCUACAGUCUUACUAUCGGGGUUCCUUGGAUAACAUAACUGUCGUAGUUAUCAACUUGAAAGAUCGUCAAUGGAAUAGUACCACUCCAGCACAACCUAGGGCAGUGUAAACAUUUUAUGGCAGGGAAAUCAAAAACUUUGUGAUAGACCAUUUCUUUACAUUUGAUGUGAGAGCUGUGAAUAAGAUUUACAAUUUUGCUAAUUUCAAAGCUAGGUCACAAGUUUUGUGCCGAGCUAAUUUAUUAUUUGUGUUUACUUUAUUUUAAAUCAAUCAACUUAUUUUUCAUAAUUACUAAUUUUGAGUAGUUCAUGUCAAGCAUGAUAACAGAAUCUGUUUCUUUGCUUUAGUAACAAGUUAGUCAGGUGCUCAAAUCUCUCUUUACCUAUGACUGUCAUUGUUAUCCAUGUCUCAACAUGUACAAUUUGUUAAUGCCAAGCUGUGAUCACGUUGUUUAUUGUUGUAGAUCUGAUAUUUGGGUGGAAAUGUGACUUAAGAUGCAUAUCCCAGAUUCAAUUUAAUGUGUUUUCAUUCACACAUUAAUUUGUACAAAAAUGUGUUGGUUCACUUCUUUUUAUGUGUUGCUCAAUUUUCUGGGUUUAUUGCUUGUGUCCUUAAAUUUGUGUUACACACAAUUAAAAAAGUGCUUUCUAACGUUAUUAGGUAUUUUUGUUUGCAAGAACAGGGUAAUUAUUCACAACUUUGUGUGGACAUCUUGGUCGUGUGUAUUGAUUAUCUUGUGUUUUCAACAUGCCAACCUUUAUCUUAGUAAGCAUUAAGUCCGUCCAAGCAAAUUAUAAUAAAAUGUCCUUAUACAGCUUUUUUGAAUCAAACUGAAACGUCCUCUAAAAGAGAAGAGUAUUUCUCUGAGUGUUAUGAUGAAAGUUUUGGAAUGUGGAAGUCUCUUCUUUUGUCUAUUUGUGAUUCUAAUUUUACGCUCUGGGUUUAUUAGACUACACCCAGUCUGUUUUGGAUCCAUUUUCAUUUAAUAGCUUUAAGUCACCUAUGACCCUCAAAAAGCUGCUAAAGCUGGAGAAAAUGUUUACUGCAUGUCUUUGACACUUAGUGUUUUCUUAGACCUUUCUGAACAGUGUUCGCUUUUGAUUUUAGGUGCCAAAGAUUCUUUGAGACUAGUUCGUUUAUUUUAAAGCUAAGUACACUAAUCAGAUCCAAAGAUACUUUUCCUUUGUCAAAUCUGUUAUUUCUUUUCGCAAGGUGGAUGAAGCCUCUUAAUUUGUAAGACUUUGUUAGAUAAUGGUUGUGAUUUUGUGGUCUAGUUACAUUGGUGACAGUAUACACCACACAUAUAUAUUUGGGUCACCAAUAUUGUUCAAUCGUCAAUGUCCCAUAAGAAAUACCGUAUGAAGGAAAACAAUUUUGUUUCCGAGACACCUGAAGUCCACAGUUUUCCCCCUCCAGUCUAUGCCUCAAGCUUGACUCAGUCAAGGGUAUGUUGCGACAAUCAUUUAGAACAACCACAAUCAUCUAAUGGUGUUGGCAGAAAAGUGAUUGGGCUACUUACAUUUAAACGAAACUGAAUGUAUUAUUGAAGUUCCUUUAAUAUCUAAGACAGUAGAAAGAGAAAACAGUUUGUUCCCAAAAACUCAUGUAUUAACAAAAAAAAAAAAAUUCCCGCUAUAAAUGUUCUAGUCUUAUGGAAUUCAGUUGUGGUUGAGCCUCAUGUAUCCGAUUUCUCUUGUGGAGGACGAGGAAAGUAACAGGAGGAAGAAGAAGCAGAAUUAAAUCUGUAUUAAAGUGA